AUGGGUGAGGUGUACCGCCUGCUACCGCUCAAUGUGCCCGAGGCGGACAUCGGGAGCUUAUACCGGUUCGAGCCAAGCUUCACAGAAGACUCGCGCCGGACAUCACCCAACAACGGGCGCGAGAGCUACGAAGGCGACUUCUCGCAUGGCUCGACGGCGGCUCUGAUCCCUCGCCCGGCGUCGCGCGAACUCCCGUCCCCCCCGGAAGAGGCGUAUCUUGUCUCGUUCGUCCUCAAUGACCCAAGGCAUCCGUACAAUUGGUCGGCACUGAAGAAGUGGACGGUGCUCAUUGUCGUGUGCUCUGCCGCCGUGUGCGUCACUGUCGCGUCAUCGAUUCAGGCCAGCACGUACCAGAACUUGGAGGACGAGUUUGACGUUCUGCGCAUCGAGGCAGUCGCAGGCGUGAGCUUGUAUGUCCUGGGGUUUGGAGUUGGCGCAUUGUUUCUCGGCCCCCUGAGCGAGUUUUACGGACGCUCUAUUAUCUACCUUGUAUCUUUCGCCCUGUUCACAAUCUUCAACAUUCCGAUCGCAACGGCUCAGAAUAUGGGCAUUCUGUUAUUCUUUCGCCUCAUUACUGGUCUGUGCGGCGCCGGCUUCCUCUCCGUUGCCGGUGGCACUGUAUCAGACAUGUUCCGCCCCGGCACGACCGACCUCCCGACAGCAAUCUACACGCUCGCGCCGCUCUCUGGACCGUGCCUGGGCCCAAUCUUGGGCGGGUACAUGAACCAAAAUGUAACAUGGCGCGCAACAUUCUACCUCAUCAUCGCAUGGGGCGGCGUCGAGUUCCUCCUCUUGUGGACGCUCGUGCCCGAAACAUUCCUCCCAAUCGUGCAGAAGCAGGAGGCGCGCCGCCUGCGUAUCUCGACGGGCGAGGGCGCAUGGACGUCGCCAAGCGAGAAGAGCGGGCGCACGGUGCGCGACGUCUUUCCCGCCGCCCUCUGGGUGCCCAUCAAGCUCAUGAUGUCUGAGAAGAUGGCGCUGGCGAUGGACACGUGGACGUCGCUCAUCCUCGGUAUCAUCUACCUCUUCUUCAACGCGAUUCCCUACACUUUCAGGACCCUGUACAACUUCUCACUCGGCGAGAGCGGGUUGGCGUUCCUCGCACUGGGGCUAGGCAUGGUGCUUGGCACAGCGACGCAGCCGCUCUUCAUCGCGCGCAUCAAGGACAAGGGGAUCAGAGCCGGCACCAAGCCUGCCCCCGAGACGCGCCUGCCCGUCGGCAUGGCGGGUGCGAUCCUCGCCCCCGUAGGGCUGCUGUGGUUCGCGCUCAGCAGUUUCCGCAAGAUGCCGUGGAUUAUGCCGAUGCUUGGGACGCUGAUCUUUGGCGUGGGCUCCGUGUACAUCUUCACCUGUGUAUUCGGGUUCCUCGUCUCCACGUACCCCAAGUACGCGGCGAGCGCCAUGGCGGGCAACACGCUGCUCCGCUGCGUCUGGGCUGCUGGCUUCCCGCUCUUCGCCCUACCUAUGUACCAGGGCCUCGGACCCGAAGGUGCCACCGGCUUGCUCGCGGGCUUGUGUGCGCUGCUCGCGCCCAUUCCCUUCGUUCUCGCGCGUGUCGGGCCCCGCUUGCGUGCCAAGUCCGAGUAUGCGUCGUAG